UCAGGAUAUAGUCUUAUACCAUAUAUUCUGGUUUCCCUCUAUUACUCUUGCAGAGGCAAUUAGAGCAUUCUUGCCAUGGAGAAAUUUGAGGUUAUUGAAGGAAAGGUUGAUUGGAAGGGAAGACAAGCAGUGAAGUAUAAACAUGGAGGAGCCAGACCUUCAUUGCUUAUUCUUGGAACCUUCUGUUUCGAACAGUUGGGAACUGUUGCAUUAGCAGUGAACUUGGUGACAUAUUUCAAUGGGUUUAUGCACUUUAAAAUUGCAGAUGCAGCUAAUCAGUUGACCAAUUUUAUGGGUGCUAGCUAUAUCCUUACCAUUCUUGUGGCUUUUUUUGCUGAUACUUUCAUUGGCAGAUGGAAAGCUGUCAUAGUCUCAGGGUUUCUCGAGCUUUUGGGACUAGCCCUGCUAGGAAUUCAAGCUCACUAUCCAAACCUCAAACCGCCUCUCUGUAACGUCUUCGAUCCCACCUCGCAUUGCGUAAAAGUCGGAGGCACCAACGCCCUAAUGCUAUUCGUCGGUCUCUAUUUGGUUGCUCUCGGCAGCGGAGGGAUCAAAGCUGCAUUACCAGCGCACGGGGCGGAUCAAUUCGACGAGAAAGACAAAAAAGAGAGCAGGCAAAUGUCUAGCUUCUUCAACUAUCUAUUGCUAGCAUUGUGUGUUGGUGGUGCUAUUAGCUUAACACUUUUAGUUUGGGUGCAAGAUAAAAAAGGAUGGGAUUGGGGAUUUUCUCUGAGCUUUCUUGCUAUGAUUUUGGGUCUGGUCAUAUUUUUUGCUGGAUUGCCGAUGUAUCGAAUUCAACCCGUUCGAGGAUCAAAUGCUAUUGUUGAGAUUGUUCAGGUUUAUGUUGCAGCUUUCAGAAAUAGGAAACUUCAAAUUCCUGAAGAUUCUUCAGAACUGUAUGAGAUUAACAAGGACAAGGAAGCUGCUAUAGAGUCAGAAUUUCAGUUCCAUACUGAUUCUUUCAGGUUCCUAGACAAAGCAGCAACAAUUUCAGGCCAAAAUGAAAAACCUGAAGCUCAAAAUCCAUGGAAACUCUGCAGAGUAACACAAGUAGAAAAUGCGAAAACAAUACUCGGAAUGCUCCCUGUAUUUUGCUGCACAAUCAUUAUGACCCUUUGUCUAGCUCAGCUCCAAACAUUUUCAGUCCAACAAGGCCUUUCAAUGGACACUCGAAUCGCCAAUUCCUUCAACAUCCCACCAGCUUCACUCCCAAUUUUCCCAUUCCUUUUCCUGACAAUCAUAAUCCCGCUCUACGAUCACAUCUUCGUACCCUUCGCCCGUAAAAUCACAAACCACCCGUCAGGCAUUACGCAUCUCCAACGUAUCGGUGUAGGCCUAAUCCUGUCAUCAAUUUCCAUGGCAGCCGCGGCAUUAAUCGAAGGAAAACGAAAAAAAGUUGCGCGAGACCAUGGCAUGAUCGAUGCAAUUCCCGUAUUGCAGCCAUUGCCGAUUAGUGUGUUCUGGUUAUCAAUUCAGUACUUCAUAUUUGGAAUUGCGGACAUGUUUACUUACGUUGGACUUCUUGAAUUUUUCUAUUCACAGGCACCGAAAGGGAUCAAAUCGAUCUCAACUUGCUUUCUUUGGAGUUCGAUGGCACUCGGGUAUUUUUUGAGCACCAUUUUGAUUAAUAUAGUAAAUAGUGCAACCAAGGAUAAUACAAGAAGUGGAGGAUGGUUGGCUGGAAAUAAUAUUAACAGGAACCAUUUAAAUCUUUUUUAUUGGUUGCUAUCUGCUUUGAGUUUGAUCAAUUUUUUUACUUAUUUAUUUGUUGCUAAAAGGUAUAAAUUUAGGCCUCAGAUUGAUCCUGUGGGGGAUUUAGAUGACAGCAUUAAGGCUUAAGGCUAAUUUGAUUGUAAACAAUUGUUUUCUUGUUAAUUUAAGUUUGUUUUGGUUA